AUGGGUAAAGGACCUAAGAAGCACCAGAAGCGCCUGAGCGCCCCCUCCCACUGGCUUCUCGACAAGCUCUCCGGUGUCUACGCUCCCAAGGCGUCCCCCGGUCCCCACAAGACCCGCGAAUGUCUUCCCCUCAUCAUCUUCAUCCGCAACCGAUUAAAGUAUGCCCUCAACUACCGCGAGACCCGCGCCAUCUUGAUGCAGCGCCUCGUCAAGGUUGACGGCAAGGUCCGCACCGACAUGACCUACCCCGCCGGCUUCAUGGACGUCGUCACCAUCGACAAGACUGGCGAGAACUUCCGACUCAUCUACGAUACCAAGGGCCGAUACACCGUCCACCGAAUCCAAGAGGAGGAGGCUCAGUACAAGCUGGGCAAGGUCAAGAGAGUACAACUUGGCAAGGGCGGAAUCCCAUUCUUGGUCACGCACGAUGCGAGAACCAUCCGUUACCCCGACCCUCUGGUCAAGGUCAACGACACCGUCAAGAUUGACCUGGCCACCGGCAAGGCCACCGACUUCAUCAAGUUCGACACUGGUGCCAUCGCCAUGGUCACUGGUGGUCGCAACAUGGGUCGUGUUGGUGUCAUCACUCACCGUGAGCGACACGAUGGUGGUUUCAACAUCGUCCACAUCAAGGACGCUAUUGACAACACCUUCGCUACCCGCGAGAACAACGUCUUCGUCAUCGGCCAGGAGAAGCCCUGGAUCUCCCUGCCCAAGGGCAAGGGUGUCAAGCUGACCAUCGCUGAGGAGAGAGAUCGCCGCCGAGCCCACGCUCUGGCUGGUCACUAA